AAACCUAAAUUCUCUCUCUGGAUCAAAAACCCUACACCCCUCAACUCUCUCUGCUUCUCAAAUUCAAUCCGAAUUCGAAUUUGAAUUUGGAUGGGGCUACAGCAAUCCAAAGAGGAGCUUCUCUACGAGCAAGUCAGCUAUGGUAACGUCGAGGGCAUCAAGUCCCUUCGCUCCCAAGGCGCAGGCCUCGAGUGGAUUGAUAGGGAGGGCAAGACGCCGUUGAUUGUGGCUUGUAUGAACCCCGGGCUUUCGAAUGUUGCGAAAACCUUAAUCGAGCUCGGUGCAAAUGUCAAUGCUUAUCGCCCUGGUCGGCAUGCUGGGACUCCUCUGCAUCAUGCGGCUAAGAGAGGGCUCGAAGAGACUGUCAAUUUGCUGCUUUCGCACGGAGCGAAUGCUUUGAUCAUGAAUGAUGACUGUCAGAGUCCUCUUGAUGUUGCUAGAGCGAAAGGGCACAGCAAUGUUGUUCGCGCAAUCGAGAGGCACAUCUGCUUGUUCUCUGGUUGGCUGCGCGAGUUUUAUGGUCCUGGGUUUCUGGGAGUACUUGCUCCUACGUUGGUUUCUAGAAAAGUUUGGGUUGUUGUUUUGCCAAGUGGUUCCCGCAAACCUACCAAGCCUUACAAGUUGGAGCUUGCCAUGUAUUCUAGCCUACAGGACGCCCAACCACGUACAGUUAUUGGACUGUGGAAAGUCAAUCUGGAAGAACCAAAAUCUCAUCAGUCUGAUCCUUCAGUUACAAUUCAUGACAUCUCCUCAAUCCCAAGAGGCAGGAGGGGGAGACACAGGCAUCAAACGCCUAGGCAAACACGCAUUAGACUGGCAUCUGGAAAUGAAAAUGACAAGCAACAACUUCAGUGGUUUAGCAAUGCAUGCAAAGGAAUUCCACAGGCACGACCUGCAUUCUUGGGUAAUAACAAUCCAGCAACUGCACCACCAGCAAAUGCAGAAGAUUUAGAGUUGGCAAUGGCUCUCAGUGCUUCCCUUCAGGCUUCACAGGAGAGACCACCCUUUCCAGAUGCAAACCCAACCUCAGGUAGCUCCAGUACAUCCACAGACACUGGCAGCUAUAAUGGUUGGGGUGCACCAACUGCAGGUGCUUCUUCAAAAGCAAGUAGCAGCGAUGCUGGCAGUUAUAACGGUUGGGGUGCACCAAUUGCAGGUUCUUCAUCAAAAGUAAGUGGCAGCGACUGGUCAGGUGUUCAAACUGGCCCAGUUGGCAGUUCAUCUGGAGAUGCAAUCUCUCCUACACAGACGACCCCUACUUCAGAAUUAGUUGUUUCUUCAACACAAUCAGCUGUGAACCCAUCUGCUCCACCCCCAUCAGCUCCUCCAGUUUUAGAUGAAAGUCUAGAUGAAUAUCCUAUCCAGUAUCCAUCAAUUGAUGACAGCCCUAUUGAUCUAUCAAACCCAACUGCUGAAAGUGUACCUCCCACAGAUGAAAAGAAAGGUGACAAGAAAGGUGAAGGGGACUCUUCUUCAUGUGUGAUUUGCUUAGAUGCACCAGUGGAAGGAGCGUGCAUCCCAUGUGGUCAUAUGGCUGGAUGCAUGUCUUGUUUGACUGAGAUUAAAGGUAAGAAAUGGGGCUGUCCUGUCUGCCGAGCCAAGAUUGAACAGAUUGGGAUUUCGUUGUUGUCCUAUGUUAUAUUGAAUGUGGGAAUUUUUCAGGCACCUCCGGCAAUUAACCAGGCCACUGCACCACCAGUUGAAGAAGAUAUAGAGUUGGCCAAGGCUAUUGAUCCCUCCAUUCAUCCAGGAUCACAUUCACAUUCAAAGAUCCACUUUAUCUCCACCAUUCAAACAUCUACUACCUCAGACUCAAUCCGAGCAUCUCCAACACCUUCAGCUCCACCAGUUUCAGAUGAUUAUCUAGAUGAUCCUUUUCAGUGUCGAUCAAUUGAAUCCACUCCUAUCCAGAAAGGUGAAAGUUCUUCGUGUGUGAUAUGUAUGGAUGCUGCAGUUGAAGGUGCUUUUAUCCCAUGUGGGCAUAGGGCCGGAUGCAUGGCUUGUAUGAAUGACAUCAAAGAUAAGAAGUGGGAUUGCCCCGUCUGCCGGGCAAAGGUUGAUCAGGUUCUAAGGCUCUAUGCUCCAGACUCGCCCGCACCCGAUCUCCUCCACCUGCAACGUCGUCGAGUCCAUCUGUCCUCUUUCUCACAUCUCCAACGCACCCACGCCGCCGAUGAGAAAAUCCGCGACGAGGCCCGCCGCCACCGUCCUACUCCGCACAACUUCUCCGCCAAGUAUGUCCCCUUCGAGGCCGUCACUGCCGGCGGCGCCUCCCCGGAGUCCUAUUCGCUUGACAAGGCCGUCUACCGGAGCCGCUCCGACGGCCUGUUGGACGUCCAGCACGACAUGGAGGCCCUCGGCAAGUUCAACGACGCGUACUGGCGCGGCCUCUUUGACUCGCGCGUCGGCCACACCACCUGGCCCUACGGCUCCGGCGUCUGGAGCAAGAAGGAGUGGGUCCUACCGGAGAUCGACGACGACGAUAUCGUCAGCGCGUUUGAAGGAAACUCCAACCUCUUCUGGGCCGAGCAGUUCGGGAAGCAGUUUCACGGCAUGAACGAUCUGUGGGUGAAGCACUGUGGAAUCUCCCACACUGGAAGCUUCAAAGACCUAGGCAUGACCGUCCUGAUCAGCCAGGUUAAUCGUCUCCGGAAGCUCAAACGACCUGUCGUUGGAAUCGGCUGCGCCUCCACCGGAGACUCGUCGGCUGCUCUCUCUGCCUACUGUGCUUCUGCAGGCAUCCCAUCCAUAGUGUUUAUUCCGCUGAUCAGGGAAGUGACCGCGGAAUUGCCGAUUUACUUGGCCAAUUCGUUGAAUAGUUUGAGGCUGGAGGGAUGUGGAAUUGGUUGGGACUUGGGACUAGGGAGAGGUAUCUUAGUGGUUGACUGGGGAAGAUCCGAUCCAGCCCAAAAGAAGCGCACAAUCACCAUUUUGUGUGUUUUGGCACUCUUUCUUGUUUUCCUAUACGCGUAUUAUGGUUCAAACUUUGGCUCUCAAAGUCAUGGCGCAUCAGCUCUAGAAUAUGGUAGAUCUUUGAGAAAGCUUGGUUCAUCUUAUUUGGGUGGGGAUGAUGAAACUGAUGGCAAGCUGGAUGAAACUUUAACAAAGUAUGGGCAGGAGGAUGGAGAUGAUGACAUUACAGUGAAGAGCAUCCCGGUUUGUGAUGAUCGCCAUUCAGAACUUAUCCCUUGCUUAGAUAGAAAUCUCAUAUACCAAAUGCGACUGAAGUUGGACCUGUCUUUGAUGGAGCACUAUGAGAGGCAUUGUCCUCCUCCAGAAAGGCGAUACAAUUGCAUGAUUCCUCCUCCGAUAGGGUAUAAGGUCCCAAUCAAAUGGCCCCAGAGCAGAGAUGAAGUAUGGAAAGCAAAUAUACCGCAUACUCACCUUGCACAUGAGAAAUCGGACCAGAACUGGAUGGUUGAAAAAGGUGACAAGAUAAGUUUUCCUGGGGGAGGCACACAUUUUCACUAUGGAGCUGAUAAAUAUAUAGCCUCAAUUGCAAAUGUAAGAUUGCUUCCUCUUGUCUUUGCCAAAAAGGAUGGUAUAAUGCUCAACUUUACAAACAACAAUCUAAACAAUGAGGGCAGGUUGCGAACAGUUUUUGACGUUGGCUGUGGAGUUGCAAGUUUUGGAGGCUAUCUUCUAUCAUCUGAUAUAAUAACAAUGUCCUUAGCACCCAAUGAUGUGCAUCAAAAUCAAAUCCAAUUUGCUUUGGAAAGAGGAAUUCCAGCAUAUCUUGGUGUUCUAGGGACCAAGAGGCUUCCUUACCCAAGCAGAUCUUUUGAACUUGCUCACUGUUCCCGUUGUAGAAUUGAUUGGCUCCAAAGAGAUGGGAUCCUUCUUCUUGAGCUAGAUAGGUUGCUGAGGCCAGGAGGCUACUUUGCAUACUCAUCUCCAGAAGCAUAUGCACAAGAUGAGGAAGAUCUCAAAAUAUGGAGAGAGAUGAGUGCCCUUGUGGAACGCAUGUGUUGGAGAAUAGCUGCAAAAAGGAACCAAACUGUCAUUUGGCAAAAACCUCUAACAAAUGACUGUUAUAUGGAAAGAGAACCUGGCACUCAACCUCCUCUCUGCCGAUCUGAUGAUGAUCCAGAUGCAAUCUGGGGUGUGCCAAUGGAAGCGUGCAUCUCAUCUUACUCUGAUCACAACCAUAAAGAAAAGGGGAGUGGAUUAGCUCCCUGGCCAGCUAGAUUGAUAACUCCUCCUCCUCGACUGGCUGAUUUCGGCUAUUCAAAUGAAAUGUUUGAAAAGGAUAUGGAACUUUGGCGGCAUAGAGUUGAGAAUUAUUGGAAUCUCUUGAGUCCAAAGAUUGAACCAAACACUCUGAGGAAUGUGAUGGAUAUGAAAGCACACAUGGGAUCAUUUGCAGCUGCUCUGAAGGACAAGGAUGUUUGGGUGAUGAAUGUUGUGCCUGAAGAUGGACCAAACACACUAAAGCUGAUAUAUGACAGAGGCCUUAUAGGCAGUAUUCACAGCUGGUGUGAAGCCUAUUCAACAUACCCCCGGACUUAUGAUUUACUCCAUGCUUGGACUGUCUUCUCUGACUUAGAGAAGAAAGAAUGCAGUGGUGAGGAUCUGUUGCUUGAGAUGGAUCGCAUUCUCAGGCCAACUGGUUUUAUAAUUGUCCGUGACAAACAGUCGGUGGUUGAUUUUGUUAAGAAAUAUCUACCGGCAUUGCACUGGGAAGUAGUGGCACAAACUGACUCCAGUUCAGACUCCGACCAGGAUGGAGACGAUGUUGUACUUAUUAUCCAAAAGAAAAUAUGGCUGACUAGUGACAGCCUCAGGGAUUCGGAGUAGGAAAAUGCCUCGAGUCCCUAUAUCUCAUUAUUUAUCUGCUGCGUCAAGGGAUUAGAAGCAUGUCCCAGAGCAGUGAUCUAGUAACAGUAAAUUUUGUAGCAUCAAGUGAUUACAUGUUUUUUUUUAUUGGUUUCUAUACAUCCUCGAUCGUCAAUUGUUAUAUCAAUUUAAUCGUUAAAGCAUUGAAGUAACUGCAUCUAUAGUCUGCUCUUCCAUCUUUUCCCCGCUGUAUGAGAUGUUGUGUAAGCUACUUAGCCUACUUUGCUAUUCAUUAAUAAUUAAAUCAUAGAAGAUGUACUGCUGAAGUACAUAUAUUUGUC